AUAUAUAUAUAUAUAUAUGUACCUGUAUACAUGUAUAGAUAAGAAUACUCAAACCCAAUUCACUGCCAGAAUAAAUACCUUCAACCAUCUCCAAUAAACUUUGGAAACGGUGAGUCAUUGGCAGCCAUGACCAGUUCAUCAAGCUCAUUCUCGCUCCUCCUGUUUUGCCUGAUAGUACUUCUGCUUGCUUUCUUUUCCCAUUCCUCAGACCCUGAUCCAUUACAGGACUUCUGUGUUGCAGAUCUAAAUGCCACCAUAUCAGGUAAUGGUUUCCCCUGCAAACCCAGAUCACAAAUAACUUCAGCUGAUUUUUUCUAUGAUGGAUUUACCAAAGAGGGGAACACAUCCAAUAUCUUUGGAGCCAGUGUCAACCCAGCGAAUGUUCUCGCAUUUCCAGCACUCAACACUCUCGGAAUUUCCAUGAACAGAGUUGACUUUGCCCCAGGUGGUAUGAAUCCUCCCCAUUCACACCCUCGAGCAAGUGAGUCUGGCGUGGUCAUUCAAGGGAAGCUCCUUGUGGGAUUUGUGACAACGGACAGUGUCUACUACUCCAAAGUUUUGACUGCAGGGCAGAUGUUUGUCAUCCCUCGGGGACUCGUUCACUUUCAGCGAAACGUCGGAGAAGGCAAAGCACUUGCUUACACUGCCUUCAACAGUCAGUUGCCUGGGGCUGUCAUACUUUCCACGACAGCUUUUGCUUCAUCUCCACCGAUUCCUAAUGAAGUGUUAACCCAGGCCUUCCAAAUAGAAGAUGAAGUUGUCAACAGCAUAAGAUCCAAGUUUGGUGCUUAGAUUAUUGUAAAAAUGAACCUUCUUGUAAUGAAGGCCGUCGCGUUGCACACCUUUCUUUUUCUGGUUCCAGCUCUUUCUCUCUAGUAGCCUUAUUAUUGGCUAUUUGUAUUUUACAAUAAUUGGUUUUAUUUAUGACCAACAAUAUUAUUAUUUAA